CGGCCCGUGAGCCACCUACCAAUAGCAACUCGGAAUUCGUUGAGAAAAAAAGGGAAAGCUGUCUGAUUCCGUUUGUAUGGUAAACAACAAGGCAGACACAGAGUUGAAAUGUCGGUGCACUCCGAAUCUCCUCCAACCAAACACGAAGCAGGGGUAAUCACCUGCAAAGCGGCGGUGGCAUGGGGCCCAGGGGGGGCAUUGGUGAUGGAGGAGGUGGAGGUGAGCCCUCCGCAGGCUAUGGAGAUCCGUAUAAGGGUUGUCUGCACUUCUCUCUGUCGCAGUGACCUCACCGCCUGGCUCUCUCGCCCUCCCUCCCCUCUCUAUCCUCGGAUUUUCGGCCACGAAGCUUCAGGGAUUGUGGAGAGUGUGGGGCAAGAGGUCACAGAAUUCGUAGAAGGGGACCAUGUCCUCACAUUGUUCACAGGGGAGUGCAUGAGGUGCAGAAACUGCAUUGCAGGCAAAACCAACAUUUGCCAAGUUCUUGGACUUGAACAUAAAGGAGUCAUGCACAGUGACCAAAAGACACGCUUCUUUCUUAAAGGGAAACCGGUGUAUCAUUAUUGUGCGGUCUCAAGUUUUAGUGAGUAUACUGUUGUACACUCAGGCUGUGCUGUCAAGGUUAGUUCUGUUGCUCCACUCGAGAAAGUAUGCAUCCUCAGUUGUGGUGCUGCUGCUGGUCUUGGAGCUGCAUGGAAUGUUGCUAAUGUUUCUCGAGGAUCUAAAGUUGCUAUCUUUGGUCUUGGAACUGUGGGCCUUUCUGUAGCUCAAGGUGCUAAACUGCGGGGAGCUUCUCAAAUAAUUGGAGUGGACACUAAUCCGCAAAAGAGAGAAAUAGGCAAGGAAUUCGGAGUAACAGACUUUUUAAACCCAAACGACACUGCUGAACCUAUUCAAGAGGUAAUAAAGCGUUUGACUGAUGGAGGUGCAGACUUCUGUUUUGAAUGUAUAGGGGACACAGAUAUGGUAACCACUGCUUUGCAAUCUUCUUGUGAUGGAUGGGGCUUGACUGUGACCCUUGGAGUACCAAAGACGAAGCCGGAGAUAAGCGGCCACUUUCGAUUUUUUCUUACCGGUAGAAGAUUGACAGGAUCUCUUUUUGGUGGCUGGAAACCUAAGUCGGACAUCCCAUCAUUAGUUGACAUGUACCUUAACAAGGAAAUCCACAUUGAUGAGCUGAUAACGCAUAAUCUGCCAUUCGAGGAAAUAAACAAAGCUUUUGAUUUGAUGACACGAGGAAAAUGUUUGCGCUGUGUCUUACACAUGCCUACUAAGUAACCCUUACCCUAUUUCUAGACUUCUCUUAGAAAGAGUUGUGGUCAUCCAAAAUUAGAAAGGGUUGUUAUUUUUUCCUUUCCUUGCUCUUGUGCAGCGCUUGAAAUGAUUUUUUGUAACUAAACAUGUAAUAUGUUUUGAUUUUUCAUGUCAAACGGAUUUAAUUUUGAGCUCAUGGUUUUUUUAACUCGUUCUAUAGCUGUUAAUUUCAGAGUGUUACCAGAC